GUAGUACAGCACAAUACGUCUCUCACAUACGACGCGGCCUAUGCGGUGGCUUGGGCUUCUGUCGGACUUGCCUUCCUCUCCGCCUGGUUGUUACUUGGCUCCACAUGUUGCUGGAGCUUGCUUCCCGCCGAGAUGGCUUUUAUCUCGAUGGGUGAGAAGAGCAGCAUCUUCAAGCUCAGCCCGAACGAACUGGGCUACAAAGGAAAGACGGCACAAGAUGGCAUUUCGAACAAUGGCUUCUAUCUUUACGAUAUACCACAAAAACCGGUAUGUGACUUUCACGCAUUCGUCAAGUGAAGUUAUAACCUCUGAGACUGGGAAUUCAAACUCGCUCUUCUGGAUGAUGUAG